AUGGGUGAUCGAGUGGCUGAGAUAGAAAGGGCAUGUCGCGAGAUGGAUCGUCGGGGAAUUCGAGUAACGAGGACGAGCAGUUUGUGGGAGACAGAGCCCAUGUAUGUCUUGGAUCAGGAUCCUUUCUUGAAUGGCGCCUGUGAGGUGGAAACAGAUCUUGAGCCCCUCACGUUGCUUGAUCAGCUGCAAGCAAUAGAAAACGAUAUGGGUCGCCAUAAAGUCAUUGAUAAGGGUCCUCGUAAUAUUGACUUGGAUAUCCUGUUGUAUGGUGAUGAGACUGUGAACCAUGAGCGCCUCAAUGUGCCUCAUAUUGGUAUUCCAGAGCGCGAAUUUGUUCUCCGGCCUUUGUCAGAGCUGAUACCAUCAAAAUCGCUUUAUCCAUCGAAACCAUGGAAAGUUGUUCAGGAUUACUUAAACGAGCUUCGUCAAGGAGAACCUCUCUCGUCCAUGACACCUCUUAGAGGUGUUUCUCACACUCUCACGCCUCUUCUUCACAACAGGAAGACUCAGGUCAUGGCUAUCUUAAACCUGACUCCGGAUUCCUUCUCAGAUGGCGGCAAGAAUGAUUUGACAAACCUCCGUGACACUGUGCUACGUCACAUUCGCGAUGGAGCUACCAUACUUGAUGUCGGGGGCCAAUCUACAGCUCCUGGUCGGCCCGAAGUCACUGCCCAAGAAGAAGCGUCCCGGGUGGUCCCAGCCAUUGAGCUGAUCCGAUCUCUGCCAGAAGCAUGCAAUAUCGCCAUCAGCGUGGAUACGUAUCGGGCUUUUGUGGCUGAAAAAGCCAUCGCGUCCGGCGCCGAUAUAAUCAAUGACGUUUCAGCUGGGCUGCUUGACCCAGACAUGUUCUCGACUGUCGCACGUCUUGGUAAAACCAUCUGCCUGAUGCACAUGCGCGGUACUCCGCAAACUAUGAUGGACCUCACAAGUUAUGAGGGUGGCUUGAUCCCGACAAUAGCCUCGGAACUUCUCCAGCGCAUUUCAGCAGCUGAAGCUGCUGGCAUUCGACGGUGGCGCAUCAUUCUAGAUCCCGGGAUAGGCUUUGCAAAGACGGCUGAUCAGAACCUGGAGCUGCUGAGAUGCUUGGACGAACUGAGGGCCUGGCCCGGCCUUGGCGGUUUGCCAUGGCUAGUAGGCUCCAGCCGCAAGAGCUUUAUCGGCAAGGUUACAGGGUCAGAAGAGCCGUCGAACAGAAUCUGGGGCACAGCAGCCACUAUGGCAGCGGCAGUGCAAGGGGGAGCAGAUAUGGUUCGCGUGCAUGACGUCUCAGAAAUGGCAAAGGUAACAGCCAUGGCGGAUGCAAUCUGGAGACCCUCUUGA